GUUUGCUCUCAUUCACAAAACUUUCAGCCCGGCUCCCUUUUGCCGUCGCCGCGUUCAGGGUGCCGAAAUUACUUGCUUGUGUAUGACAUGAAUGACAAACAGGACAGGCCUUAUGUGUGCGGCGCCCCGGGCUGCUCUCAGCAUUUCCAGUCAGAGGAGCAUCUGAUCAUCCACAGACACAAGCAUGAAAUGACCCUCAAGUUCUCCUCCAUAAAGACGGACACAGCUUUCACAGACCAGACUCCUACACCAACGAGGUUUUUGCAGAACUGUGAUGAGGUUGGACUGUUUAAGGAGAUAGAGGAAGAGUUCCUCCAAGCACAAGAAGAAGAAAACAAACAGACGCUUUCUCAUAAUGGGUCAUCGUGCAUGAACCAGCUCAAAGCCCAGCUCCAGCUCCAGCACCAGCCUCAGCCUCAGCCUCAGCCUCAGCACCCGCAGCCGCAGCCCUCCCUGCACCAUCCGCACACCCAUGCCUUGCGUCAUCCGCAGACCCACGGCCCCAUGAUGGCCCCAAGCUGCAGCCUGGCCGCCCAGCAAGCGCUGUCCUCCUCCCAGCCCGGAUCAGUCAUCACUCAGGCUCCCUCUGCCCUCACACACUCAGGGCCGGUUCCCGGGCCGCUGUCCUGCCUCCUCCACAUGCGGAACAGACACAGACAGCCCCUGCCAGCCUCCCUACCUGGCACCCUGCCAGACCCCGCCAUGCAAGGGGCAUCUGCUCAGCACAUGACUAGAUCCAAGCAGACGAUGGGCCACCACUACCAGCAGCACCACCCAGGGAUGAUCAACAUCAACAACCCCGUAACACCAAUGGGUCACAUGAUGGAGAUGAUGUCGCAGCGGCACCAGGCACCACCACCACCCUUACAGCAGCAACCACAUCACCACCACCCCCACCACCAUCACAGCCACCCUCACCAUGCACAGCUUCCGGCUCCACCCCUCACCUACCACCAGCGAUGCCAAGCUCCUCCACCACCGCACCUGGGAAGUCCCAACAACCACCAGCUUCACCAGUCGGGGAAUGUCCCGCACGCUCACCAGUCUCCACCCGCACAUUUGCACCAGGGGUCAUCACCUGCACCUCCACUGUCUGCUCCAUCACAGUUGUCUCCAGUCGCACAACAAAUGCACCCAUCCCAACCACCCCACUCCCAGCAUGCAGUGCAGGCGGGGGCGAGCUGCGGUGGUGGAGGAGUGGGGGCAAUAGGGGGCAAUCGUCGCAGAAGGACAGCGGAGCAGGACCCCGACGAACGGCGGCAGAAGUUUCUGGAGCGCAACCGGGCGGCGGCCACCCGCUGCCGGCAGAAGAGGAAGCUGUGGGUGUCAUCGCUGGAGAAGAAAGCCGAGGAGCUGACGCACACAAAUCUGCAGCUACAGAACGAGGUGACUUCUUUAAGGUCAGAGGUGGGGCAGCUGAAACAGAUUCUCCUCACUCACAAGGACUGUCCUGUCACCACUCGGCAGAGAGAAGCGCAGGGGUACCCCACUGCAGGGGUUAGCCCAGGAGGAAGUCCCACCCCUGCAGACCCUGGCUCUCAUCUGCAGACUGUCCAACACAACAGCAUCUCCACUUCCUCAGCAGCUGCAGGCGACACAGAGCAUGACCCCCACCCAGGACAAUAGCCUUCGGUUUAUAGAUGAAAUACUGAGCAGGACAGGGAAAAUCAGAAUCCACUGCAAACACAUAGAUUCCCUGGUUGGAGAGAGAAUCA